AUGGGAGAUCGUUACACCCCCCACGUGCUCGCCGGGAGCUCUCUCAUCACCCUUCUCCCUACUCUCAUCACCCUUCUCCCUACUCGCAUCACCCUUCUCCCUACUCUCAUCACCCUUCUCCCUACUCUCAUCACCCUUCUCCCUACUCUCAUCACCCUUCUCCCUACUCUCAUCACCCUUCUCCCUACUCUCAUCACCAUUCUCCCUACUCUCAUCACCGUUCUCACUACUCUCAUCACCCUUCUUCCUUCUCCCUACUCUCAUCACCCUUCUCCCUACUUUCAUACCCUUCUCCGUACUAUCAUCACCCUUCUCCCUACUCUCCUCACCCUUCUCCCUACUCUCAUCACCCUUCUCCCUACUCUCAUCAACCUUCUCCCUACUCUCAUCACCCUUCUCCCUACUCUCAUCACCCUUCUCCCUACUCUCAUCACCCUUCUCCCUACUCUCAUCACCCUUCUCCCUACUCUCAUCACCCUUCUCCCUACUCUCAUCACCCUUCUCCCUCCUCUCAUCACCCUUCUCCCUUCUCGCCGGGAGCUCGUUGCACCCCCGCGCACUCGUCGGGAGGUCUUUGCACCCCCCGUGCGCUCGCCGCGAGGUCGUUGCACCCCCCGCGUGCUCGACGGGAGGUGGUUGCACCCCCCACAAGCUCGCCGGGAGGUCGUUGCACCCCCCUCGCGCACGCCGGGAGGUCGUUGCAUCCCCCGCGCGCUCACCGGGAGUUUGUUGCACCCCCCCGCGCGCUCGCCGAGAGCUCAUUGCACCCCCAACGUGCUCGACGGGAGGUCGUUGCACCCCCCGCGCGCUCGUCGGGAGGUUGUCGCACCCCCCGCUCGCUCGCCGGGAGCUCAUUGCACCCCCUGCGCGCUCGCCGGGAGCUCGUUGCACCCCCCGAGCACUCGCCGUGAGCUCGUUGCACCCCCCGUGCGCUGGCCGGGAGCUCGUUGCACCCCCGCGCGCUUGCCGGGAGGUCGUUGCACCGCCCGGGCGCUCGAUAGGAGAUCGUUGAACCCCCCACGCGCUCGCCAGGGGCUUGUUCCACCCCCCGCGCACUCGCCGGGAGGUCAUUCCACCCCCGCGUGCUCGCCGGGAGGUUGUUGCAACCCCAGCGCGCUUGACAGGAGCUCGUUGCACACCCCUUCUCCCUACUCUCAUCACCCUUCUCCCUACUCUCAUCACCCUUCUGCUUACUCUCAUCACCCUUCUCCCUACUCUCAUCACCCUUCUCCCUAUUCUCAUCACCCUUCUCCCUACUCUCAUCACCCUUCUCCCUACUCUCAUCACCCUUUUCCCUUCUCCCUACUCUCAUCACCCUUUUCCCUUCUCCCUACUCUCAUCACCCUUCUCCCUACUUUCAUAACCCUUCUCCGUACUCUCAUCACCCUUCUCCCUACUCCCUACUCUCAUCACCCUUCUCCCUACUCUCAUCACCCUUCUCCCUACUUUCAUCACCCUUCUCCCUACUCUCAUCGUCGUUAUACCUACUCUCAUCACCCUUCUCCAACGGCAGGAACAAGUGCCUAG